AUGAGCAGUUUCCCUGAUCGUAUGCGUCCUAAUGAUCUAAGAUUUGAAGAUUGGGCGAGAAGUUUAAUGGAUCAAGAUGACGAAGAUAUUAGAUUCACUGAAAGUGAUAAUAAACUAGAAGAUUCUGACAUAACAGAGGAGAUACAUGAAGAAGAUUCCGAUGCAGACUACAUACCAGACGAAAACGAAACUGAAAAUUGGUUGGAGGAAAGAAAUCAGAUGGAAGGUUUUUCUGCUAAAAAUGAGAGGUUUUAUAUUGGUAAAAAUAAGUUUUAA